AUGGCUUCAUUUCUGAUAUCCGUCGAUCCGCAAGGGGCAAGCAGUCUUUUUUCUGUCGUGUUAUACUGGGCAGCAUUCUAUCUCUUGGCAAGGUACUUAUACAGGGCUUUCUUUUGCCCUCUCGCUAAAUUCCCUGGGCCAAAACUUGCCGGUAUGACCAAGCUAUACGAAGCAUACCAUGUCUUGGUAAAAGAUGACUGGUUGCAGAAUCUCGAGCUUCUGCACGCGACAUACGGCCCGGUAGUCAGAAUAGGCCCGAAUGAGCUUCAUUUCGUCGACCAUAAAUUUUGUCUCGAGUACCACAAGCGGCCUGACCUCCUCAAAUGCGACAACUACUAUGGCCUUCUUGACAAACUUCUUGGCGGUCUGGCAAAUCCAAAAGUGCACAUGCAAAGAGCAGCAGCGAUUAGGCCGGUUUUCUCAGGACAGACUUUGGCACAAUUCACUCCGUCCCUUGACAACUACCUCGGGUCACUGCACUCCCGUCUCAGUGAUGUCUCUGAGCACGGUGAGGCCGUCAACUUGACGCACUAUCUAUGGGCUUUCACAAAUGAUGUAAUGAUCUCCUACAUCAUUGAAGAAAAUUAUGGGUUCUUGAAAGUUUUUGACCUAGCAAAAAUCCAUGACAUGACCCGGGGCUUUAGUGCUAUCGAUCUCGCCACGGUUCUACGAUGCGUCCCUCCUGUCAAAAAAAUGUUCGACAUUUUCCCAGCAGUUCGAGCCUACUCGCCCCUCGGUUGGCUUGACUGUCUCAUUAAAACCCACCUGAAACCUAUCAUCAGGACAUGGGACCAGGAAAACAGCCACGAAAGCGUCCUAGCUCGUAUCUUCAAUGAGGUUGACAAUGAGACUUUGGCCAUACGCGAAUCAUCACAAGCUAUAUUUAUCGGGAAUGAAUCACUCUUGAGUAACCUGACGUUUCUUCUGCAUCACCUUAUCCAGAACCCGGACUGUGUGAAGAAAAUCAGGAAUGAGCUCGACACACUUGAUCUUGGUUUAUACGGACACCGAGUUUGGCGAGAUCCAAAAGUGCUUCAGCUCCGAUAUUUGGACGCGGUAUGUAAGGAGUCGAUGCGCCUAAGCUCACCUAGCUGGCAUCGACAGCCAAGACAAAGCCAGACACCGGUAGAGUAUCAGGAUAUGAUUAUACCCCCAAUGACUAGUAUGAGCUUCACCUUGAAAUUACUCGAGCAUGAUCCAGAUAUCUACCCAGAACCGAAUUUGUUUAAGCCUGAGCGGUGGCUUGGGUUUGGUGAGGACUCCAAAGACUUAAGAAACCGUGGAGUCGCUUUUGGUACGGGCACACGGACAUGCUUAGGUCAACACAUCGCCCAGAAAGUUUUGCGCAAGGCAGUCGCCUGCCUGGUCUAUAACUUCAGCAUGUCGCUCUGGGAUGAGACAUUGGACAUGAUGGAAGGCUACCGAUACUUGAACACGUACCCCAAGAAGGGCCAUGAGGGAUAUUUGAGAGUCCGUUUGAUUCCACGGUUUAAGAGCGACUCAUAA